AUGACUUGGAGACAGAUCUUGCUCCUGUCCUGCCUGUCAGCCGUGGUGCUUCUGACUGUGCUCCGGGAGGGGACUGGUGCAUCAGUGGGCACCAGGCAGGCGGCAGGAGAGGAGCCCCAGGCUGGUGUGAAACAGAAGAUUUUCAUGCAGGAAUCCGAUGCCUCGAAUUUCCUCAAGAAGCGUGGCAAGCGGUCCCCCAAAUCCCGAGACGAGGUCAAUGUGGAAAACAGGCAGAAGUUGCGGGCUGAUGAGCUACGGAGAGAAUAUUUCGAGGAGCAGAGGAACGAAUUUGAGAACUUCGUGGAGGAACAGAAUGAUGAACAAGAGGAGAGGAACCGGGAGGCAGUGGAGCAGUGGCGCCAGUGGCAUUAUGAUGGCCUGUACCCAUCCUAUCUCUACAACCGCCACCACAUCUGACCCCGUCCCCAUGCCAGCCUAGA